AUGUACUUACCCGCUAAGAAGUACAAUAUGGGCAACGGUAUACUCUUUCAGUGGAUCAUAUGUGUUGCCAUGGCCUUCUUCUCUUUUGCAAUUCAUUUGUGCGUGGGAUCACCGAAAAUUUGGCCUCUAACCGUGCUAGCCGGGUGUUCGUGGGCAACAGGCAACGUAGCAGUAGUUGCGAUCGUCAAGCGUCUUGGAAUGGGCGUCGGCAUGCUGAUUUGGAGCUCAAUCAACUUGCUUGUGGGAUGGGCUAGUUGUCGAUUUGGCUGGUUCGGACUCAAACCCGAGGUGCCAAAGAACAACACAUUGAAUAUUGUCGGAGUCACUUUAGCUGUGAUGAGCGUAUUUUUCUACGCUUUCAUCAAACCACCACCAACCGCUGAACGCGAGGUCUCACUCGGGGACGCUUCUGCUGUCGAUGAAACCACCGGAGAAGCCCCGUCUUCUGUGGAAGAGAUGGAAGAGUCUCCACACGGAUCGACAGCAGACAGCGUCCCACUUUUGCAACCAGGUUUUGCAGUCACUGUUCGGCGGUUCUGGAAAUCUACUUUGGCACAGCGAUUAAUAGGUAUCCUGCUGGCUGCUCUCUCAGGGCUGUUUUACGGAGUCGCCUUUGCACCGAUAAUCUAUGUUCAAGAGAACUACCACGAUGCUAGCCACCGAGGUAUUGAUUACUUAUUUCCGAUUGGAGCGGGUGCCUUUUUGGCCUCCACAAUCUAUUGCCUAAUCUACUGUUUGGUGACCUUGAGAAGUCCCGCAAUGCAGGCUCCAGUGAGCAUCCUCCCCGGCGUGCUCUCAGGCAUGCUAUGCAUCGUUGGACAGGCCUUUUGGCUCGUGGCCAAUGAGGCCCUGCAGGCUUCAAUCACGUUCCCGAUCGCGGCGACGUUGCCGGGCGCCAUCGCAACACUCAUUGGAACUAUUUUCUACCGUGAAGUACGGGGUUUACGAAACUACCUGAAACUGGCGGUAGCACUGUGCUUCACCCUGGCCGGAAGCGUGCUUACGGGUCUGUCUAAAUGA